UAAACAAUGUUUUUUUUAAAGCAAAUUUCCUCUCAAAAUGAUCGUGAGGUGUACACGACAUAGACCUAUAUAUAUCUUUUUCAUUUUCAAUGUGGUCGUGAUGGUUGGGGCGGCGGAGAGAUGCGAAUGUUAUUGAGGUACUUCCAUCCCUUUUCCCACCCAGUCAACAGAGUAAUUUGAGAAAAUAGUUGCUGCGGGGGAGGGGAAGCGCUAGGACCCACUCCAGGGGAAAAUGGAACAGAAGAAAACAGCGAGGAAAGAGUGAAGGAAAACACUUUUAGAGAUACGAACACAUGGAAGAAGAAACGAACGAGACGUUUCAUUCUGACUGGAGCAUUUUUAUGACUGGAGCAAAGAUCCAUUCAUGUGCGUUCAUGGCUCUCUUCGAUGGAACUUUUUAGAGAACUCAAUUGAUAUGCGCAUAUCAGCGAUGUUUCGGCGAGCGACUAUAUCCCAUAGUCUUCUUUGUAGGCGCAUAUCGAUGGAAAACGCGGACGUUAUCGUUUGAGAAUAACUGUGAGCAACAUUUAGAACAAGUAGGCCUCUGCUAUCAGUCGAUAUGGGAAGAACAGAGGCAGCGGGGUGGAAAUUCCUACGGGACUCUCUCCUACUUUGUCUUUUUACCGGUCACAGUGAGGCCCAGUGUGAUGGCUGUGUGGAGUACUGCUGUGAAGGCUCUCCCCCUUUCUGCUGCUCCUACUACGCCUUUAUGGGAGAUGUCCUCUCGGGCACGGCUAUCUCGGGCAUCGUGUUUGGUGUGGUGUUUCUGAUGGGAGCGCUGGCGGCCUUCUUCCUGUGUGUGUGCAUGUGUGUGAAGAAUGGGCGCGGGGCCCGGGUGGACGUGUUCAACACCUCCUACAUCAACACUGUGUCCCAGGGCUACCCAGGACCCCCACCUCCCUACACCUAUGACUAUGAGAUGUACCCUUCGGCCAUGCGCCCCCCUCCCUACACCCCCACCCCACCUAGGACAGACAGCUACUCCCCUCCCCCUCCGUAUCCGGGCUGUAAUCGCAAAUGACUUGAAGACAAAAUGGAGAAUCCUGACCAGGCUACUUGCCCUUCUGAAGGAGCACAUCUUGGAUUAAGUUUAUGCAGUGUUCUAGCAGAGAAAGAUGAGACUGUAGGCAUUGCCUUUAGAACCUCUGGAUCACUUAAAAUGACUGCAUGUGGACUGGACCACUUUGAACUUUUCUUGUGGGUGUGAUUGGGUCAAUUAAACUGAUUGGUGUUUUGUGUGUGUGUGUGGGGGGGAGGGUUGAAAACCUCUGAAUCACUUAAAAUGACUGUGUGGACUGA